AUGCCUUGCCUUAGUAAUGCUCCUGCUGCCACCUGCGUGCUUCCUUCCCCGUUCACCAUUCAUGUCGACUCGACUGCGACUUCCUUCCUCGCUCCACGACACAUCAUGCAGCAAACGCUGCCCCGCUCCGACAUGUGGGGCAUUUGGAAGACUCCGAGAGACAGAAGGAGCGUCCACGUCUCUGAGUGGUUGACAGCUCCAGGCGCACUUGCUCGUAGGGCGGAAUGGGGGCCGGGAGCGAACCAGGAGCGAACCAGGAGCGAACUAGUUGGCAAGGGACCUGAGACCACCACCCACCCACACCAGAAACUAAAGUAUCGUCUUAAUUCUUCCAUUUGCUCGAGGCGUUCUUCUUUGGCGUCGUUGGGCGCAUUUUUCUCAGCCCCAGCCCGCCAGGGCAGUUUUACCUUUCCACUGCAACUUUGCAACUGGGACACACGCCGACUGUCCUCCCGUCGACUUCAGAGUCACCUCAAACCUCACACACUCAUCUCAUCACCCACUCACCCACUCCCCCCAUCUUACAUACCUAGUACCCGUACCUACGCUACGCCGCCACAUGAGCAUGGAUCCAAUACCCAAGGGGCUUCGUACAUCCCACCUCAUGUCUGCCAUCUGGCAUCCCACCACAUCUUGUCGUACAGAUGCAAGCUACUGUGGCUUACCUUCAUUCCUCCACUCAAAUCACACUCUGCCGUCAUUCUCAGCGUCCGUCGCCUUACCUCACAGGCUCACAGUACCUUGGUGGAGUAG